AAAAACACGAGGUGAAUAAAAAUGAGCAACCCUAAUAACAACCCAUAUAACUACCCCUACAACUACCCUCCUGCCCCAUACCCUCCUGUCGCCCACCCCCACUACCCUCCUCACUAUCCACCGCAGUACCCUCCAAGCCACGUCCACUAUCCACCCCACUACGCUUACCAAUACGGUCAAAAUCCCUACCAGCCUCAUCCUGGCUACCCACCUCAGAUGGCUCAUCACGCCAGCCAUGCACCGAUGCCAGCAUACCCUGCGCAAGCGCAGGUACAGCCGCAAGUGCCAAAGAAGCCGAAGAGCAAGUCACCGCUUGACACACAAGAAGAGAUCAAAAAGUGGGUUGAAAGCAGGAAGAGAAAUUAUCCUUCGAAGAAGAACAUUGAGAAGAAGGAGAAGAUGAUCAAAGCUAAGGCUGAGAAAGGAAUUCCAGUGACUUUGGGGUCGUUGAAGAAUAUGGAGAACAUCAGCUUAUUAGAAAAGAAGCUUAGGAAUGAGCAUGUUAGACCAACUAAACCAGAGGGCCAUAUGAACAAGAGAAAGAGAAAAAGACCCCAUAAUAAAGAUAGAAGCACCAAGAUUGUUAAAUUUGAAGAAGGAGAUCAAACCACACCUUUGAAAGAGGGGACUCAAGCCCUAGAGAUGCAGAAAGAGAAACUUGUAACUGAGGAAGGAACUAAGGAGAUGAAGAAACAUGAAAAUUCUAGAGCUCAAUCUCAAAAGAAACAGCAGAAUAAAGCUAAUGCGAAGCUGCCUUUCAAGUACAAAAAGAACACUAUUUAUUCUGACCUAAUCAAGAAGGAAAAGGAAGCAGAAGCUACUGUGCUUCUUCAAUGCUUCAGGUAUAUCAUUAAGCAAAAUCUUCUCUAAUUCUGAUCUUGUUUCAAUAUUCC